AUGUCUUCGAACACGCAGCAGUCGUGGAAAUCACUACUUAGCUUCACGGAUAGAUUUGCUGUCAUUGAUCAAAUAGCCUCAUCAUUAAGACUAGACCCUACAUUACAGCAUUCGCAGACGCUCAAGACCGCUCAGGAGAUUGAGACGCAAUGUUUCAACGAGGCUGAUACAGAGGAAGAUUAUACCUACGCCUGGAAAUCAAAAAUCUCCCCGGAAACCAAACAAAUUCAUCUACCCACACCCUCCCCUCCAUUCUCUCCGCCCACACCAAAUGGGCCACCCCAAUAUCAUCCAAAUGCUAGAAUCCUUCACCCUGCCCCAUCCAGCUUCGUGCUCGUAUUCCCGUUCUACAACUACGAUCUCAACAUCCUGCUUCAUGACAACCCCGGUGGGAAGGACCUUACCCUCCAGGCGCGCCUUUCAAUCCUCCGCCAGACUGCCGAGGCCCUGGCAUGGUGCCACGAGCGCGGCGUGAUCCACCGUGAUGUCAAGCCGAGCAAUAUCCUAGUCUCCGAGUCCGGUACUUCUGUUCUCGCCGACUUUGGAAUUGCAUGGCAUGCGUCUGAUCCUGCAAGUGAGCCUGCGGACGAGAAGAUCACGGAUGUGGGCACGACUGCGUACCGGCCACCCGAGAUCCUGUUUGGGUGGAAGUCCUAUGGGCCGGAACUGGAUAUGUGGGCUUUUGGGUGCGUGGUUGCGGAGUGCUUUAUGGCGCCUCAGGAAGAAGACAUCGAGACAUUCUUCAAUGCAGGGGAUCUAGGGAGUGAAUUGCGACUUGUCGGAAGCAUUUUUGGAAAAUUGGGGACGCCAACAACAGAGACGUGGCCAGAGGCGAAGCAAUUUCCUGAUUUCGGGAAGAUUCUGUUCCAUGUUUUCCCGACAAAGAGCUGGGAGGAGUUGCUACCAGGCGCCAGUAUCGAGGUGAGAGAUUUGGUGGGAAGAUUAUUAGUUUAUGAAGGCAGCAAGAGGUUGAAUGCAAAGGAUGCCGUGGCCCAUGAGAUUUUUAGAGGGGUUUCGGGUUAG